CUCCCCACCCAGUACUUCCGGGGGCGCCAAAAAACGACUUGCCCUGACCCGCAGCGUUGAUGCAGCGCGCAAGCGCAGUCACCUCCUGGACGCGGCCGGUGUGAAGUUUCACACCCAAGAGGAUGAAGGGCACCCACCUGGCUUAAGAGAACGACUCCCAGGUAAAGGGCCAGACCCAGGCGAGGAGUGGGCACAGGGCCAGAGGUGCCCUGUACACUCAGAGCUCUCCCUCUGAGCACCUUGCCUUGCUUGGUUCUCCUGGGCCGCAGGCCACUACCCAGCUCUCUGGGGUUCUGCUGCCUGUUCCUCGCCAGGUCUUUCCCCCAGCAACGCCUUUCCUCUUCCUUCUCCAGCCUGAGUCCUCCUCCCCCUCUCCCCACUGCCCCACCCCUAAGGGACAGAAGUUGGGUGCUUUGAGAGCAGGAGACUGGAGGGAAGAAGCAAGUCCGGGCCUAGCUGCAAGCACUCCCCGACCCCCGCCAGGCUCUUGGAUACCUGACUUCUGUUAGGCCGCACACGGUUUGGUCUGAAGUGUUUCUCUCUUAAUAGUUGUGGAUCUUUCCGAUUCCUGAUCCAGUGUGUUCAGGCUGGGGCCGUCCUGGUUUUUCAAACCCAGCAGUGAGCUUGGACAGAUCCAGAGCUGUCUACUCCAGGUAAUAGGAGCUCUAGGCAAAAUCAGACUCUUCUCAUGGCUUAGACAUUUCCUUGCUGAUAGCUCCUCUAGGAUGUGGGUUGUCUGGAGGUCUGUGUAGCUGGAGGAUGCUGGGAAAUGUGAGAAGAUGUUUCCUCCUUAAAAUUUGAAUCUUUCUGACCACCUGAAUUCUUCUGCUAGUCUCAGAUCCCACUCACUGUUAUCCUCGACCUUCUGUCAUCAUUUACCUGCCUAAUCCCUGAAGGUAGUGAGUUUCCUGUCACUGGAAGUCCACUUUUCCAUGCCCUUACUUGUGGGAGUUCUCACAGAUGCUGCUUCUCCUCUGGCUCAGAUCAUGUCUAACGUGAAUGAAGCAGCUCGUCGGCUGUCCAAGAGUGGGACAGGCCUCUAUGCAGUGCUGGAGCUUAAGAAGGGUGCCUCACCUGAAGACAUCAAAAAGUCCUACAGACAUUUCCCAUUGCUUCCCCACCCUCCUUUUGGGUAUUGCCUGGGUAGGAAACUGGCCUUGCGGUAUCAUCCCGACAAGAAUCCAGGGGAUGCUCAAGCAGCAGAAAUAUUCAAAGAGAUCAACACAGCUCACGCCAUACUGAGCGACUCUAAGAAGCGGAAAAUUUACGACCGGCAUGGCUCGUUGGGAAUAUAUCUGUAUGAUCACUUUGGUGAAGAAGGCGUCAGAUACUAUUUUAUUAUGAAUAGUUGUUGGUUCAAGACACUUGUCAUCCUGUGUACACUGCUCACUUGUUGCUGUUGCUGUUGUUGCUGCUGUUUUUGCUGUGGAACACUUAAACCACCACCUGAGCAGGAUAGUGGGAGAAAAUAUCAGCAGAAUGUCCAGAGUCAGCCUCCAAGGUCAGGUGAGAGCUGUAGGCAGGGACUAUGAGGUAAGAAAUAUCUGGAUUGAGAAUGAAAGAAAUGGUUGGGGCUGGGCAUGAUGACUCACACCUGUAUCCC